AUGGCUCAUCAACUGGGCGAAUGGUUUGGAUCUGCUGUGGUAGGCCAGCUGGUUAGCAGGGCCGAUUCCUAUCUGCAGGACCGGAGAGAGCGGCGGGCCGGCGUUCGGGAGAACCUGGAAAAACUGAGGGGUCAUCUCAGAAAGAUCAGCGACGUGGUCGAUCUCACUCAUGGCAGGUCAAUCAAGAACCCUAGAUUGGAAGCAUGGCUGAUCAAACUCAAGAAUGCAGCCUAUGACGCCGAAGAUGUGCUGGAUGUGUUCGAGUACGAGCGCCUUAAAGAGCAGGUUAAUUCAUCUUUCUCCCAUUGCAUCCGCAAACGUCUUCGUACAUUUGCCAGUAGCUUCAACUUCUGUGACGACAGCGGGAAGUGGUUGAAAGAAAUUGUGGAUGGAUUCGAUACAAUUGCUGCCGAGGCAUCGGAUUAUUGUUGUAGGUGGUUCGAGUCGGAUGGUUGCUCGCCCGCCAUCUCGGAUGAGAAUGAGGAUGAUCGGACCACCACCUCAACUUUAAGAUCCGAAGAGGAAGUGUACGGUCGUGAAGCCGUGAAACGAGAUGCCGUAAGAAUGUUGCUGGACGAGUCUGAUUCUAGUGCCAGGAAUGCCCCCGUCAUCUCCAUACUUGGAUUUGGUGGGGUUGGAAAGACGACUUUCGCCAAGUACGUCCUGGCAGAUGAAGAAAUUCAAACUCAUUUCGAUCUCAAAGUGUGGGUUUAUGUGUCCGAUAAAUUCGACAAGUUGGAGAUCAUGAAGCAGAUCAUAACAUCUAUCUCCCAAAUAAAGCCUCACAAGCUUGUUCAGGUAAAGAAUAUGGAUUACCUUCUGAGUGUUCUUAGAGAGAACUUGAUUGGGAAAAGGUUUUUGCUCGUCCUUGAUGAUGUGUGGGAUACCAAAUGGGAGGCACUAUGCGAUUAUCUAACAUAUGCUGAAAAGGGUAGCAAGAUAUUGGUCACGGCUAGAGAGGAAAAGAGUGUAGAUGUGAGGGGUCGACCCGUGAGAAAAAUCUUCUUGGAGGGUUUAGCAUACAGGGAUUUUUGGUUAUUUUUCGAAGCAUGUGCAUUCGGUAACGAGAGGGUUUCUUUAUUUCAUUGGCCGGAAUUAAAACUUGUUGGCAUGGAGAUUGCUAAGAAGCUGAAAGGCAACCCUCUUGCAGCAAAGACCGUGGGUAAACUGCUAAGUGCUAACAUUGAUCACAGUUAUUGGACAAGCAUUUUGACGAGUGAUUUAUGGAAACUAGAACAGGGGCCUAAUGACAUCAUGCCAGCUUUGAGAUUGAGCUAUCGGCGGCUACCAGCACAUCUGCAGCGCUGCUUUGCUUACUGUAGUAUAUUUCCCAAAGGUUACAAGUUCAUCAAAGAAAGGUUGGUCCAUAUGUGGAUGGCACAUGGGUUCAUUCAAACCUGGGAUGAACACCCGAAAUUGGAGGAUAUAGGGGAAAGCUACUUCAAUGAUUUGCUGCAGAGGUCUUUCUUUAUACGAGGUGAACACUCUAAUGAUGAAUUAUACUACAUGCAUGAUCUAAUCCAUGACUUGGCGCAUUUUGUUUCCAUGCAUGAUUACCUUAGAAUUGACAGUGAUCGGAUAGGAGUAAUAUCAACAACAGUUCGCCAUUUAUCCAUCAGGACUGAUAGAUUAGAUGAAGUCCGGAAAGUUCCUGAAUUAGAAAAAUUGCGCACUCUUCGCUUUGUAUUUACCGAGGGUGGGCCUGAUUAUUCUCAGACUCUUGAAGAUAGAUAG